AGCCCUCAGAGCUACCGCUGGACACACACAUCAUCAACGUGGAGGAGGACCUGCAGAGACUCCAGCUGGCCCGGACACAGCAGCAGGUGACCGGCGAUGCAAAUGAAAGCGCCGAAGAUGCAUUUGUGCGUCGUGCUAAAGAGGGCAUGGGCGGCGACGAGGCCCAGUUCAGCGUUGAAAUGCCUUUGACUGGAAAAAUUUACCUGUGGGCCAACAAAUACCGUCCACGUAAGCCCCGUUUCUUCAACCGCGUCCACACCGGCUUCGAGUGGAACAAAUACAACCAGACGCAUUACGACUUCGACAACCCGCCGCCCAAGAUCGUCCAGGGCUACAAGUUCAACAUCUUCUACCCUGAUCUCAUCGACAAGCGCGCGACUCCGCAGUACUUCCUCGAGCCCUGUCCCGACAACAAAGACUUUGGAAUACUGCGCUUCCACGCCGGCCCACCGUAUGAAGACAUCGCAUUUAAGAUCGUGAACCGUGAAUGGGAGUAUUCCCAUCGCCAUGGUUUCCGCUGCCAGUUCGCCAAUGGAAUCUUUCAGCUGUGGUUCCACUUUAAGCGAUACCGAUACAGGCGGUGAAGAGGACGAGGUGUUGUAUUAGCAAAGUGUUGAGUUUCGGGAACACUGAACGUUCAUCUUCAAAUGCUGUAAAAUUGGUGUAAAUCUAGCAAAAGUAGUACAAUCUCUGUUUAUUGAUUUCAUUAGCAUCUUCCGUUAGUGGAAGAACAGGUUUUCGACAGAAUAGACCUUAAUAUGUGAUCUUGUCCUUGUUGAAAAUCCUGUUUUGUGCAUUUCCUUAAUUGCAGGCUCUUGCAUUCGAUUCCUUUUUUUUUGAGCUUGAAAAUGCUAUUUUUGUACUAUUUGCUUUUGAGAUGAUACAGUAAAGAUUUACUCAUUUUUAA